AUGGGGUAUAGAGGGCGGGCGGGCGGCGGUGUGCGUGCUCUUAGCCUGGGAGGGCAAGAGGUUGCAGAUCCUAGAGUCUUUAGUGUGAGAGGCGCGGGAGGGGAGGGUGUAUCAACCCCUACUAUGGAUAGUAGUGGAAGAGUGUUGGUGCAGCCGUUGGGGAUGAGGGCUGCUGUUGCUCCUCAGUACUCCCCAGUUCAGUCACGAGGCUCGGCAGCAGGUGCAGCCUCGAGGGCAGGUCCGGGAACAGGCUCGGCAGCAGGUUCGGGGUUGAAGGGGGGAGGGGGAGGGGGAGUCGGGCGCCCUGCGCGGACCGUGUCCGCCAUUCCGCGGAUGGAGGGGCUUGGGGGAAGCGUCCCUGGGGGGAACACCUCUGGCGCGGGGGCAUUGAAGUCCCCCACCCGUGCGGGGUUUCCCCAGCUGGCGCAGGUUGGGGAAGAGGGGGAACGGGGCGAGGGGGAGGCGGAUAAUCUGCCCAUGCUGCCACCGCCGGGGCUGCCUCAAGUCGUGCAGUGCCAGCACUGCGGGCAGCUUCUGGAGAUCCCGGCCGUGCUGCCGCCCACCAAGAAGGGCGUGCACAAGCUGCGCUGUGGGAAGUGCAUUGGUCUCUCGCGCUUCCGAGCCUUCAUCCCACACAUGCCCCACUUGCAGCUGCAGCAGCCGUUUCAGCCACAGCAGCAGCCACACCACCACCACCAGCAGCCGCCACUGUCGCCGCCGCCGCCGCCGCCGCAGCAGCAGCAGCAGCAGCAGCAGGGUAAUCAACAGCAUGUCCGCUCCUCGUCUUUUUCCGCAAUCGAUGCCACAAAGCAACAGCAACAGCAGCAGUACCUCUGGGGUCGCUCUGCUUCUACUGACUCUACGGAAGCCAGGGCCGCCACCGCUCUUCGUGAGAAAUCUUCUAUUGAUGGCGCAGCAGCCACUGUACGAAGCCCUGGGGCUGCCAGUAACGGGACUGCUCAUAAAGGGUCUGGUGGUGCCCUAGGAACCAUGCCUGCUGCGGCUGCAGCAGGUUCUGGCAGAGGAAGGAGCAGCAGAGGCACCAUUUCUAGCCCCUCCAAACCCCUUAAAUCAGGUUUGGGACCUGGUAGGUCUGGAUCAGGCUUGGCAGCAGGUCCGAGAACAGGCCCGGGAGCAGGUUCGGCAACAGGCUCGGAUGGUCAAGGAAGGAUAGGAAGGGCUGGGAGCUUUGAGUCGCUUAGGUGCAACAGCGCUGGAAUGCUGUCACCAGUAGGCUCGGUUAGGAAUUCGUCUGAUAGUGAGUCUCCUGCUGGGACUCCCCCUGCCAAGGUUGGAAGCAAGGGAGGCGAUGCCAGAGCUACAAGCAGUAGUAGUAUGGGUAGAGUGGACUCUGGGUCGGCUCUUGUGGGUGGUGGUGGUGGGAUGGCUAGUACGGGGAAUAAGAUGGGUUCUGCUGGUGGGGGUGGUGCUGGGGCAGUGAGUGGGGAUGGAAGGUUGACGUACUCGCGGUGUGUGGUGGUGAAUGGGGAGCCAAUCAGUGAUGGCCAUGUGGCAGCUGCGGAGGAACGCGCGGGGCCGAUCCAGCCUGGCAACUACUGGUAA